AUGCAACUUUCCUCUGACCGCGACUCGGAAGACGACUUGAUUUUGAGGAUGGAAAGAAAUCCAGGGCGCGUUCCAAAGUUGCCGGACCUACCGGUAUCUAUCGCUCUUGAAGUAUUCACAGACAAGUCACUACGACCGAAAGGGGACGACCAAAGGUUCCGGGCGGACAACGAAGUCUUGUCGCUGCUGGGUCAAAGUGCAUGCCAGACCAUAUUCACAUCGAUACUUUAUGCACGAGAUCCGCCACUUGCAGCGGAAGAACUCAUCGCGGCACGUCAGACACUGUGCUCGAGAGAGAACAUACAGACAUGGAUAAAUCACUAUAGAAAUGUUCUCAGCUCUGUCAGAUGUCUCCCAGGCGUCGACCGUUCCCCAGACGUCCUAACGCGCGCCUUCUAUGCCUACUUGGGCGCAGUCUAUCACGCCCACGGUCACCAUGUACUCGACCAAUUCCUCCGUCAACUCUUGGAACCUGCCCCAGAGCCUGCACCUCAGCUCUUCAUCGGACAUCCAAUUGGAGCACACUAUGGCGAGCUGGUACCGGCACCAAGUGCUACAUCUGGUUCUCGCUCCUAUGCUGGUGUCAACCCUAUUUCUAUCCUAAACGAUGCUGCAGUGCGCAGGGGCGUCAAAUUGGAGUACGAUGUUAACUCUAUGGGACCUAUGCACAACAUUACUUGGAUGGCCACUGCCCUCAUCAACGGUGAAUGGAAAGGUCAAGGCUCCGGAACCAGCAAACAGGCUGCGAAAGAGGAAGCAGCCAGGGCUGCGCUCAAGACUCUUGACUGGUAG